AGAGGAGAUUUCGCGUAGGCUCUCUACAAAAUGGCGGCUCAUUCCGACUCGCGCUCUCCCCCUCGCUGAUUGCAGAAGACAGACGUAGGAACCACCCAAUGAGACCUAGCCGCCCUGGGAAGGGGGCGGGACCAUGACGAGACAAAUUUGCGCGGGUUCGGACUCGGUGCGGCCAGUCAUGGAGGCUUUCCGCGACAUGGAGGAUGUGAGCUACUGGCUGCUGAGCCUGCUGGGGGCCAAUCGCACCGAGACGCAGCAGCGGAAGCUGCUCGGGCGUCACGAGCAGAUGGUGGAGCGGCUGCUGGAGACGCAGGACGGCGCCGACCAGCAGCUUCGGGAGACCCUGGCGGUGGAGGAGGAAGCGGCUCGGAGCCUUCUUGAAUUAAAGGAGUGCACACGCUUAGGAGGCACAGAGCUACAGCAGCUGGAAGUUGAGAUCCAGAAGGCCAGCCAGGAGGAUGCCUGUCUGCAGGCCAGGCUCUCUCAGCUCACCACAGAGCUGCAGGAGCUCAGGGAGAUGGAGGCAGAUCUCCAGCGACAGGAGAGAGACGUGGAUGAGGACACCACCAUCACCAUCCCCUCUGCAGUGUACGUGGCUCAGCUCUAUCACCGAAUUAGUAAUAUAGAAUGGGAUUAUGAGUGUGAGCCAGGCAUGAUCAAGGGCAUCCACCACGGCCCCACUGUGGCCCAUCCCAUCCACCUGGACAGUGCGCAGCUCUCACAGAAGUUCAUCAGCGACUACCUCUGGAGCCUGGUGGACACCACGUGGUAGCCUUAACCCCACACAGGAGUGCUCUAAUAGUAAACAUCCUUAUGUAAAUGAGGUCAUUGCGUUGUC